AUGGUCGAGCUCACUGAUGAUGCGAUUCUGGCGAUUCUUGACCAUAUCGAGUGCCGAGCUGUGUUACGUACAUUGCUUCUCGUAUCCAGACGGUUUCAUACCGCUGUCGAACCUCGGUUAUACUCGUCCAUCGAAUUCAACGCGAGCGGCCCUAUCACCCUGCGACACAGACUUGACGGCCUUCGACGGCGUAUCGUUUCAAAUCAGUAUCUCGCUUCGAGUGUGAGGAAGCUCCAUGUCACAGCCCUCAAUUCCUCUCUAUUCACGUUAGAAGAAUUCUUCCAUCUGGACGACAUGCUUCGCUAUCUGGACGGUCUUAAGGACUUCAAGCUAAGACUACGCUCUCCUCCGGGGGCCAUCCUCGCGACCUUGGUCAAAGCGCCUUGCCCAUUUGCGCUCACCAAGUUCUCGUGGAUGAAUCGAACGGUAGACGCGGGAGAAUUUUUAUAUCUUGAAAAUCAGCCAUCCAUCGAACACCUACACAUAGCUACACUCGCCGUAAUUGGUACCAUCAACCUAGUACCUGGAACGUUACCACGACUGAAGGAGUUAGUGGUACCGACACCAAUAGCCAUGGCCAUUUUGCCAGGAAGGAAAGUCACCUGCUUGACAAUCAACGUCUAUUCCCCAUUCCCCAACCAAACAUCCCUGGCCAUGGAAGAGGCUCUUGGGCACAUCGAAUUCCUAAACUGCACCACGCACAAAACGGCGUUUAUCCUUCCUGGUAUAUGUUCAAUGCGCAAGCUACGGUGGUUUCAGUUGUCUCUUCCGCUAGGGAUGAUGCAACCCAAUGUCAUCAAAGAUAUACAGGAAUUACUGCAAAGCAUAACAGACCGGGCCACGAAUUUGACUUACUUCCAAUUUUCCGCUUGCCCCUUCCGGGGAUCUAUGAAGGACCUAGUAACUUCGAUCUUCAAGUCAGUCCCUCCAUCGUGUCUAGUCGAUAUCGAGAGGGGGCAAGGAGGAGUAUUUGAACGCUACUAUGCCGGAAAGCACAUAUCCUUGGUGUUUGAAGAUUGUUCGCCUACUUCAGCAGCGUGGUGGUGGAACGAGGACAAGUUACAACGGGUCUUGGAGUCAAAGGCUUUGUUGGCUGCAAGCUCAGAAGCUCGCCCACCUUUCGCCUACCUCCGCGAUCGUACCGCAGCGUCGACUUUCGCUAACUUUCGUUCCUCCGCGACACAACCGAUCAUUUCUAUCUUUUCCUUCGUUAUGGUGAUGAAACCUUCAGGCAGACCAACACCACUCUCCCAUUUUCCCGGCCAAGCGACGGACGAACCAGCCAGCAAUCAUCGCUGGUCGGAGGUCAUCCCGCCAGAUACAGGGCUCACUUUUGCUGUUAUCUGGGAUCCUGAAGAUGGGCUUUUAGCUUUCUCCGGAGCAGAGCUCCUAGGCAGUUCAGCGAACUACUUUCCGGACUCACGACCAAUUUCGCCUUCCGAAGCCCUAGACGGCCAGUCGCAAGUAAUCACGUUGAAGACGCUUUCGUCCGGGAACGUUUUGAGCGAGACGCCAGCGACACUCGCAUUCUUCCGCGACACACACCGAUUUCUCUUUGCAGGGAGUCGAAGUCGUUUGUCGUCAGCGAAGAGGCCGAGACACGGUGCGCGCACUCAGACGUCAUCUACUAUCGGCGGCAUGGACGUUUAUCUGCGUGGAUCCUUGCUGGGCAGAGCCCACAAGGAUCAAACACAUUACUCAUGUUUCGACCUUCUUGAACAAGAGUUCGAAGUCAAGCCCUUUAAUGACCUCACGAAGACAGAUUCGACAGAGAGCUUAGAGAUGCGAUAUAACCGGGCGUUCUCGAUAUUCCAGGCCCAGCACAAUUUGAGUUCUCGGUUCUCGACUACGACUACUUCGACUUCGAGUUAUAUUUCGGUCAAACGAAACGUCGGCGACGAGGACUUUGCGUCGAAGACUUGGUCGAUAUUAGAGCGCCCGAGCACACCCAUCUUCUCUCGACCGACGCUCGCGCAUAAGGAAUGCCCCAACGCCGACUGCGGAGGCGUCUGCGUUCGGGCUUCGCAACGUUUACGAAAGUACAGACGGAAACGCGUUGAUGAGGUAGACAUUCCCACUCCACCGGCUGAGGUGCUUCAACGCUCCGAAUACAAUCAUGAAGUAAACUUUCCUACACCAGACUGCCAAAGGGUAACGACACCUAUCACGCUUCUUAGGGGCCUGUCGAAUAGGUGGAAGAAGGGGCACACGUGUACUUACUAG